AUAAGACUUUGUUUGAUAUCCUUCUUUUACGUUAACCUGAUCAAUGAGAAUGUGGAUAGCUGGGAUUUUGAUACUUUGUGUUAUUCAUUGUGCAUAUGCACAAAGACACGGGGUUUGUCCGACAAGCUCUAGUAAUUGUAAGGUUAAAUCUAACUGUCAAGUUGACUCAGACUGUAAAAAAGAAAACCAAAAAUGUUGUAGGAAACAAAGUGGAGUACUAAGGUGUAAUAGUCCUAUACAGGGGGAUCGUCGUGGUUGCCCGCAGUGCGGAAAUGGAGACUGCCCACUCUGCUUCAUAUACCAGCAGCUGUGUUAA